GACAGUGCCCCUUUGGAAUGCCACAUACCAGUCCCUGGAUCAUGUCUGUCUACUUUUCUGCAACCCAAAAGCACCACAAAUCUGAAAUAUGCCCACUAGAGUAAUUAUUUCCCAAAGUGAGAGUACAGUUCAAAGAGGCAAGGCUCAUCAGGCUUUGGAAAGGCAGGGAGAGAAUACUGGCUGCUCCUCAUUCAAAAAGUUUUCCUAGACCUCCCCCAUUCCCUCACACCCCUUUCCCAGCAGCUCAGUUCUGGAGUGGACCUCAUUACUUCAUCAAGCCUACCAUGUGCCCGCCACCUGCUCAGUGCUGGAAUGGCCACACCUGAUCUUCCAGAGGUUUUUAGUGCUAUGACUAUAUCUCUCUGUCUUUAUGACACUAGUAUCUGAUAAGGUACUUAUGUGGCUAGCAUACUUUGAGAGCUGCAGAACUGCUUAUGAGAAGAGUAAAGAGUUGUCUCUCCAUUGUGUUCUUGGCUCUCGAUUCCUCCAUUCCUUUCUUUAAAGUUUUUAUGUAAGGGGCCGAAGAUUUAGUUCAGUGGCAAGCAUGAGGUCAUGAUUUGGAUCCCCAGUACCAAAAAUAAAUAAAGUUUUUAUAUAAAAAUGAAUGCUUCCAGGUAUGGUGGCACUUGCCUAUAAUCCCUGCAUUCUUGGAAGGCUGAGGAGGAACAUCACUAUGAGUUCAAGGCCAGCCUGAACUACAUAGCUUGCCUAGUUUUCACUCUACCACAGAGUUUCUGUUGGUAGGAUCAUAAGAUUAUUAUUUAAUCUACAAAUAACUAUUGUCCAAAUCUCAGAGGAACAAAUACAUUUGAGCAAACUUAUAACUGUAGCUCACAGUGGAGCACUGUAGUCUGUGUAUUUCUUUUCUUGUCCCUUGAGGAGGAUUUGAGAAUAUGUAAGCUGCACACUUCGUGAGGCUGGGGACUCACUUUGUAAAGGUGGGGUAAGACAGGGAUUCUGUUUGUAAAGGCAGAGCUGAGCCAUGUCCCCUGUUGCCUAGCCUGGUCACCUCCUUGCCCCAUCAGCUGUAACCUAACUCAAUAAAUCCCGGGCCAAACUCAUUGCUCGUUCUUCUGUGCAGCCAAAACCAACCACCAGGGGACGCAGUUCUCCCUACCUCCCGGCUGCUACUCCGGGCUCUGGAGGCCACCUCCCUAUUUUUACCUGUAGUGGGUAGCAGAGAGCGUGGAGCGUCCUGGAACAUUGCGUUCCAAGUCACCAGCCAGCUGAGCCCAGCUGUUAAAAUAACCAUGCCACCACGCGGCCAACGCCUCUAGAUAUUUCUACUCGCCUCUCGAGUCAAACCCUUUUCCCCCAGUAAAAACAGCUGAGCACGAGUAUUGGCUUAUUUAUUUUUGAGACAGGGUCUUGCCAUAUAGUCAGGCUGGUCUCCAACUCUCAGUGUCCUCCUGAGUGCUGAGAUUACAGGCAUUCGCUGCCAUUCCUAGCAUUUAGGGAUGCUGAGGCAGGGAGAUUAUUAAUUCAAGUCUUGGCUGGGCAAUUUAGGUGAACUAUGUCUCAAAAAAUAAUAAAGGGACUGGAUACAUACUCAGUGGUAGACCAUCUGGGUUCAAUCUGUCAGCACCAAAAAUAAAUAAUAAAUAAAUAAAUAAAAAUAAAGCUGUGAUAAAAUGUCAAUCCAGAAAAAGAUAUUUUUGAAAGAAUACCAAAAUUCAUGUCAUUAUUAUAAAAAUGCACAAUAACCCUGGACAAUACCUUGGACUUACGCCUGGUGGAUUAAUGUUAGGUUUUUCAGACUUUGAAAAGGCCAAUACUAACUCAGAAUACAUACACUCCUCCCUUCCACUCCCAUCUUUCCCCCAUACUGGAGGCUAAACAAAGCCAGGCCUUUUUUCUUUCUCUUUUUUUUUUUUUUUUUUUUUUUUGGUACUGGGAAAUCAAACUCAUGACCUUGCACUUGCCAGGCAGGCAACGUGCCCCUGAGCUACAUCCCUGGCCCAGCCUCUUUUUAGUUUAAGACAGGGUCUUGCUAAACUGCUCAGGCUGGGCUUGAACUUUUUUUUUUCCCAAAUGGUAGCCAAGUUUUAUUAAAAGUAGGAAAAGAAACAAGCUCUGCAGGGCAAGUUUGGGCCAUGCAAAAGUAGGAAAAGAAGCACACUCUAUAGCAUAAGCAUGGGCCAAAUGCAAGAGGGAACACAGUGGCUUGGGCUUACUUUUCAUCCUCCUAUCAGCCUCCCAAAAUGCUGGGAUUACAGGUAUGGCUCACCACACACACACACACACACACACACACACACACACACACACACACAAACAAUGUGUUAUAUUUUAAGUAAUAACUGGGUCAGAGAAAAUAUGAAUUUAUUUUCAAUUUCUGGAUAGUUAUUUUAGAGACUUUAUAUUGUUCAUUCCUAUUUCUGUCACAUAUCACCAAUGCAAGAUAUCUUUUCUGAAUGUGUUAAAACCCACUCAGCAUUCCAGGAGGAUAAAAAUAGGAGGGUAGGGAUUUAGCUCAGGGGCAUAAGUGCCUCCCUGGCGAGUGCUAGGUCAUGAGUUCAAUCCCAGGUACCAGAAAAUAAAAUAAAAUAGGAGAGUAGAAAAUUUGAGCCUGCCUGGGCAACUUAUUGAUAUAAAAGGUAUGUUAGGGGGACUGUGGAUUUAGCUCAGUGGCAUAAGCACUUGCCUGGCUAGCACGAGGUCAUGAGUUCAAUCCCCAGUACCAAAAAAAAUUUAAAAGACAGAAGAAAGAAGACAAGAUGUAGUUCAGUAUAAAGGCUCAGGGUUCAGUAUUACUUCAUCCGUGACUCGUGAUUACUUGUUGUAUAUGUUAAGAUAUUAUUUUCAUUUAACGGGUUAUAAACCUGUUCAUCUGCCAUUAUAAAUUUUAUUACCAUCAAAUUACUGUCAUUCAACCUUCCUCUGCUUAAUGUAGUUUAUCCUGAUAGAAAUCUUUAAGCUUUAAUUGUACCAGGCAUGUUGGCACAUGCCUGUACUCAUGGGGCUGAUAUCAGAUAUCUACAAAUUUCUUUCCUUCUUAAAAAAAAUUAUUAGCGGGGCAUGGUGGUACACAACUGCAAUUCCAGCAGUCAGGAAAAAAGAGUCAAGAGGAUCACCUCAGAACUUAAAACCAGUCCGGGCUACACAGUGAAUCCAAGGUCAGCCUGUGCUACAAAGUGAGACCCUGUCUCAAAAAACCAAAAAAAGAAAAAAAAUUAUGAGUACGUCUGCUGUAAAUAAUGAUUACAUUUGUCAUGGGGAGUUGAUAAAGUACAUACCACAUCUCCAUUCUUUUUACUUCCUCCCCCCUCCACUUCUCUCCCUCUCCAUCCAUCACUUGGUAGACCAGCCACCAAUGUUAAGACCAACCUGGGCUGACUAGGAAGAGCUGUCAAAAAAAUCUUCUAAUUGUUUCAUUGUUUUUCCCACCUAUCUUUUCUUUUGGGGGGAGGGGUUCCGGGGAUUGAACUCACCUUGCACUUGCCAGGCAGGCGCUUGUGCCAUUGAGCUAAAUCCCCAACAACAUUUUAGCUUUUAUUAUGCUUUUAUUCUAUACCAAAUGAUUGCACUGCCUCAUUUACUUAUUAUUUAUUCCACAACAUUUGCUGAAUGCUACCUAAUACUACCAACAUUUGCUGAAUGCUACCUAAUACUACCAUGAAGAGUAUGAAGUAUGCUGCUGUCAAUUCUGGAGGUACAGAGAUAGGUCAACCCAAUCAGGAUGCCGUAGUCCUUCUUGGGACCUAUAAGUGCCUAUAAUCUCAGCAUUUGAGAGACUGAGGCAGGAGGCUGUCUCUGAGUUCUGGGCCAGCCUCAGCUACAUAGUGAGUUCAAGGACAGCCUGAACUACACAGCAAGAGAAAACUGAUCUCAAAACAACAAAAGAAUCCAAAGAAAAGAUAACAUUUUCUACACUAGGAGGGUCAGGAGCCAGUCACUAUUGUCCUGGAAGAGCUCUGAGAACCUGGCUAUGUGGGACAUCAAAGCAGGCCUGACCCCUCCAUCCUUGAAGAAGCUGGAGGCUAGACUCAGGACCAUAGAUAGUUCUUUUUAAAUAAUUCAGUCCAGGCUUGAGACUGGGCCUUUCCUCUCUCUGUCUCACUAGCCUGCGCAGUAGAGCAAGCUUGGGGGCUCUCUGACACUCACAUCAGGUUUUUAGAUUUGUUUGUUUGUUUUUUGUUUGUGGAGAGGAUAAGAUAAUUUACUUUCUAUCCAUCCUUCCAAAGAAGAAUGCCAUCUUUUUCUCAUUUUUUAAAUUGGCUAUACAGAUUAAUGAGGUUCAUUUUAGCAGAUUCAUGUGUACACAUUAAUGUACUUCAAAACAUUUCACCCCAUCACCCCCCUUGCCCUCUCCCCAAGUUUCAGUUUUUUGCGGUCUUAAUGUAUAUAUCUUGCUCACCAUCCUAUUACCCUCCCUUUCCUCUUCUUUUAAUAAAAAGUUGUCAUCAUUUUUAGAUUCCCCAUAUUGGAGAUAAUACUCACAUAUUUUUAUAACACAGGUAUUUAAAACUCAGACUUAUCUGUAAAAGACGGUGGCUUACCUUUCCUGAGUUCCUAGCAGGUAUCAGUCUGUACAAACCACAUGCCCUGCAUUCUUUGGCCUCCUCACUUCUAAACAGUGUGAGGUGACUAUGCUCAUUCUCACUUUAUAAAAGCAAAAUCUGAAGCUCAAAGUUAAGCUGUGUUCAUGUAGCUAACAAGGGAAAUCUGCAACUUAAGGUAAGGAGUCUCUGUAAGCCAAAGAUCACAGUCUUAAUUAUGAACCAUAUUGGUUGGUCCGAUGGCAGUGGGUUAUCAGAACUUACUAACAUUAGUGUCACUAAAGUUGGUAUACCCCCCCACUGCUAAAUUUGACUAGCUUUAAAAAAAAAUUAUGAACCAUAUUAAGAGAUGUUUGUUUAAAAAAAUCCAGAAUGUCAGAGAAGACAUACAAAGGAACAUUAGGAAAGAGAGAAAUGUUGUCAUCCUAAUGCCACCUGUCUCUCCCUGAAGCCUGUACAAUUUUCCAAGAGUGGCCACCUGUCCCCGUGGCCCACAUAUACCAGUGGCCAGACCAUUCUGCAAAAUCGGAAGCCUUGUUCAGAUGACUCCCAGAAGCGUACCAGCCUUACAGGGAGAUCUUUGAGUUCUUCAUAGAGGAUUUCAAAACAUACAAACCACUGCUAUCCUCCAUCAAGAAUGCAUAUGAGGUGAUGCUUGCCCACCAAAGGGAGAAGAUUCGGGCCCUGGAGCCCCUAAAGGCCAAGCUUGUCACAAUGAGUGAGGAUUGCAACGAGAGGAUCCUGGCCAUGAGGGCUGAGGAGAAGUAUGAAAUUUCCAUGCUCAAGAAAGAGAAGAUGAAUCUGCUAAAACUCAUCGAUAAGAAGAAUGAGGAGAAGAUUUCAUUGCAGAGUGAGCAGGUGUCCAAGCUGAGGAAGAACUUGGCUGAGGAGUACUUGCGCUACCUCACCGAGCGAGAUGCCCGCAAGAUCCUCAUUGCAGACUUAAAUGAGUUACGGUACCAGCGGGAGGACAUGUCACUAGCCCAGUCCCCAGGUGUCUGGGGGGAAGACCCUGUGAAACUGACACUGGCUCUGAAGAUGACUCGGCAAGACUUGACCCGCACACAGAUGGAACUCAACACCAUGAAGGCCAACUUUGGAGAUGUGGUACCCAGGAGAGACUUUGAAAUGCAGGAAAAGACUAACAAGGAUCUUCAGGAGCAGCUGGACAGCCUGAGAGCCGACUAUGAAGAGGUUCGCAAGGAGCAUGAGAUAUUGCUACAACUGCACAUGACCACAUUGAAGGAACGGGACCAGUUUUUUUCUGAGCUGCAGGAUAUCCAGCGCACCUCCACACCACGACCUGACUGGACUAAGUGCGGAGAUAUGGUGGCCGGGGGCCCAGAUCGCUGGCAAGUGCUGGCUGAGGGCAAGAACAGUGACCAGCUGGUGGAUGUGCUGCUAGAGGAGAUUGGCGAGGGCCUGCUCCGGGAAAAAGACUUUUUCCCUGGCCUGGGCUAUGGAGAGGAAAUCCCCCCUUUUCUUCGGUUUGAUGGUCCUGUGCAAAACAAAAAACCAAGCAAGAGAGAUGUGGUAAAGCUCCUCAGGGAUGCCUGGAAGGAACGUCUUGCUGAGGAACAGAAAGAGAAGUUUACGGAUUUCUUCUUCAAUUUCCUGGAGCGUCGCUUUGGGCCGAGUAAUGCCAUAGCUUGGGCAUAUACCAUUUUUGAAAAUAUCAAACUUUUCUGCUCCAAUGAUGUCAUGAGUCAGUUCUAUGCAGUCUUGAUGGGAAAGAUGACAGAGAGUGUGUAUAUCAACCAGAAGGAGACAGUAGCCCAGCUGCUGAAGGAGAUGACAAAUGCUGACAGUCAGAAUGAGGGGCUGUUAACCAUGGAACAGUUGAGCACCAUCCUGAAGAGUACUUUCCCCCUCAAGAAGGAAGAACGUAUUCAGGAGCUGAUGGAGGCGGUGGGCUGGCAUCCGAACACGAGCAGUACAGACUUCUUUGAAUACCGCUCAUUAUUUACAGAGAAUGAGGAGGGUCGGAAUGAACCCUUUGUGCAAAAGCUGUGGGAACAGUACCUGGUUGAGAAGGAUGAGUACCUACAGGAACUGAAGCAGGAGCUGGGCCUGGAACUCUAUGAGGAUGUGACUCUUUCCAAGAUGCGCAAGGCCCUGAUGACCAUUGAUCCUACACUGGACAAGCAAAAUAUGAACACUCACCUGAGCCAGGCCUUCCAGAUCCCUGUGUCAGAACUGCAUGAGGACAGUGAGAAUGAGAACACUGUAACAAGGCUCCAGACUGCAAUGGAACGGCUUCAGAUGGCUGAUGUCAAGCGUGUAGGGCCUCGAGAAUCAGAGUCUGGAAACUAAGACCACCUUGGGCAUCCCAAGUGCUCCAAUACUGCUAAUUCAAUUUUUAGAUAAAAAUUACUUGUCUGAACCAA